UGAAUGUUCUGACCAGUAACCGAUGCUGAAAUGCUGGCUCUCCAGCAAUCGAGCAUUUCCAGCCGACAGGCACAGAAUUGCUCGUUAGCUUAGUUCUAGCGGCAUGCAGAACACCCAAUUGCCUAAAAGUCCUUAUGAGACAACUGGCAUAUUUGAACGAACUGUGAAUUGGCUGCAGCACCGCAAUAGGCAACAUGCGCCAACCGUUCACGUUGUACUAGGAAGCCGCGCUUUGGUCCCCAGACGCCCCAGCACCAUCCAGGCAGCCCUUCGGUCAACCCCGCCGCCUCACCAGCCCCCACGGCUUACCACCGCUGCCGCCGCUACUCGGCCCCAUGCUGGAGCCAUCGGUACGACAGCCACAUGCGCGGCCCUGGCAGCCGCUCCUCGCGGUCCCCCAGCACCCCCUGGAAUAACAACAGCUGGCUCCUGGCAGAGCCCUAGCGGCUACUCCAGGGGCUCCGCGGGCGGUAGCAGUAUCAGCCGCAGCCUUGGCUGUAUCAGCGCCGUGAAGGGCGGUGCUGCUCCUGUGGACGCAGCAAGUCAUACCCAGCAGCAGCAGCAGCACCACCACCAGCUGCACCACCAGAACCAGCAGCAGCUGCAACCCCAUUGGCGGGUCGAGGGGCGCCAGCAGCAGCAACAGCAGCAGCUGCAACAGCCUGCCAUUAAUGUACCAGCCAGAGUCGCGCAUUCCCUGGGCCCUAAACCCCUCAUCAGCCCGUAUGCAGUCAUGCAGCAGCAGCACCUCCAACAGCAAGCGCCAGACCAGAACGGACAGCGGAAGCACCAGCUACAGCCCCAGCACCAGCGGCUUGAUGGCACGGCCAAAGAAGGGAGAGGCUCCCUCCAAUUCCCGCCUCCGACGUCAAACCAGGGGAACGCGUUACAGCCGGGCCACCAGCACCUGCCACCACCACACGACGGCGCACGCCCCCAGCCCCUCGCGACCCAUACAGUGCCCUCUGCAGUGCUCUGGACUCCGCCGCCGCGCCUCGUCAACCUUUGUCGCAGCGGCGCCUUCCCCCAGCGACCGCCGCCAGCGACUCAGUCGCCGCCGCCAGCGUUGCCGCUGCAACCCUCCUCUGACCCCCUGUUGUUGCCCGUUAGCCUGGGCGGCAUCUUCGCAGCCAUUCGCAACGCCCGUACUUUGGACGAGCUAGCCGACUUGUACGACAACGCUCACAGCAGCCCGUACGGCAGUGGUUUCUCCGCGCUGCACGUAUCCGCGGCUCUAUCGCGCAUGCCUCACCUGCAGGAGGUACGACACACGCAGAAGCCACGUCUGGUGGACCCGCGGCACCGGCAGCUGCUAGACCGCCUGUUGUACGACUUUGAGGUGCAUCGUACUGCGGGAUUGUACGGCACGAGGGAGCUCAGCGCAUGCGCGUGGGUGCUGGGGAAGUUCGGGGUGGUUGGGCGCGCCGGCAUGGUGGCAGGGCUGGCAGAGGAGGUGCUGCGGCUGCACUCGGAGGCACUCGAAGCGGCGAAGCAAGCCAAAAAGAUCGCUGUACGAGCCGCGGCGAAGGCUGCGAAGCAGAAGCGAAAGCUGUCAGCAUCACCACCAGCAUCAGCAGCAGUGCCGGAAGCAUCAUCAUCAUCAUCAUCAUCAGCAGCAGCAGCAGUUGCCGUGUCCCAAGAGACCUCUCUGCCCUCAGGCAGCAGUCCACACCUCUCAGAGGCAACACCCGUUUCCCAGCAAACGAUGUCCCCGGAGCCCGCAGCCCCUCACCCCGCAUCACGACCUCAAGGAGGCCCCUGCUCCGCUCUAGACCUGGCCAACCUGGCAGUGGGCUUGGCCAAGGUGGGCGGCACCGACCCACGGGUCUGGCGGCGCCUGACGGAGGCGGUUUCGGAGCCGAAGUUGCUGAGGUCUUUCGGCGCCCGGGAGCUGACCGGGUUGGCGUGGGGGCUGGCGCAGGCGCACCGCCGCUACUGCAGGACGGGUGGGAGUAGUAGCUGCGGCGGAGGUAGUAGCAGCGGCAGCUGUGGUAUUAGUAGCAGAAGCGGUGGAAGCAGAGACGGCGGGUUUGAUCAGGAUAGCUUAGCAGUUAGCGGCAGCCCAUGUAGCGGUAGCAAUCUGGGCAGAGACGACAUCCUAGAUGGCCGGACGACAGCCGGCCGACCCGAACCCACAUCUGCUCACGACAGCCCAACACCAGCGCAAGCACCAGCUCCCGCAACAGCAGCGGAAGCAGCUGUUGACGGGAGUGUUCACCUGCACCCCGACUGGCAGCCCUGGCUCGGUCCCUUUGUGGAGCAGCUGUUGGCGCCCCGCGUGCAGCGCACCCUGCGGCGUUUCGGCGGCAAGGAGGCCCCCAUCAUGGUGUGGGCGCUGGCCCGGCUGGGGCAUGCAGACCCGCGGACGGUGUCGCUGGUGGCGCGGGAGGUGGAGGCGAGGGAGCAGGGCGUCACGGCGCAGGGGUACUGCCUGCUGACCUGGUCUAUGGCGACGAUGGUGCUGGCGUGCAGGAGGGGUGCUGACGGGGGCAGCGGUGGCAGGAGCCGCAGUGGCAGUGGUGACGGCAGGAGCAGCAGCAACGGCAGUGGUGGGGCAAAUGGCAGUAGUGAGAGUAGUGCAUGCAGCGGCAGUCAGGCUAGUAGCAGCCAGGGCGCCAAGCGAGGGAGGCGGAAGAUUAGUAACAACAGUAGCAGUAGUGACAGCAGUGUCAGCUCCUCAGCAAAUAUAGGUGCAGGUCAUGCUCAUGCUUCUCGUACGGCAGCACAGUCACCAACUGCAGUAACCCCUGGCGACACGCAGCCACAGCAGCAGCAAGGACAACAGCAAAGCCACCGUCAGGACCACGCACCCCUAGUCAGCAAAGCCGUCCUUCGCUGCCUAGCCCUCGCAACCGCCCGAAGCAUCUGGCGCUUCUCACCGCAGGGCCUCGCAAACAUGCUGUGGGGCCUGCGGGUGUUGGGCCUCCCCAGCUGGCGCAAGCUGCUGUCCCUGGCGGCCCGUGUAGCCCUGGUGAGGUUGGAGGAGGUGCAGCCGCUUGGGCUGGCCACGCUGCUGGAGGAGUGGGUGCGAGCGGGGUUAUACCACCCGGCGCUGUUUGCGGCCGCAGCGGCGGCGACUCGGGAGCGGUUGCGGGAGUUCCGGCCGCACACCCUGGUGAGGGUGUUGAGCGCAUGCGGGGCUGUGAGGCAUGCGGACAGGCAGCUGUUUGCUGCGGCGGCGGAGGCGUUGAUACCCGCGUCGCGGUUGUCAUCGGCGGAGGCGGAGGCGGCGGACGCACAUCGUGGGAUGCCGCUAGACGAGUUGUCGCCCGCUAGCCUCCUGCAGCUUGCAUACGCGUACGGCCAGGCUGGGGUGCAUGCUCCCAGGCUUUUCUCCGCGCUCCUGGUCCGUCUGGCUCCUGCCGUACUCGCCUCCGUCAACACCCGCAGCAUGUCUCCAGACGCCGCCUGCCGCCUUGCAUUCGCGAUGGCAGCCAUGGGCUACAGGCUGCCUAGCGCAUUGCUAAGCAAAAGGUACCUGGGUCGAUUCCCAGAGUCUGCAAGCACCAUGUCAGCACCCAAUGCCAUCCUACUAGCCCUCCGGCGGCGGUUGUUGGUGUCGCUGCCGGCGUUGAUACCCGCGCAAGCCGUGACCGCCGUCUGGGCGUUGAUACGGACGGGAGCAGUGAGCCCCGAGCCGGCGGCGCUGCGGCUGGGGGAGUUCUUGUCGUACAGCGUGCCGCAGGCGGCGGCGGUGGCGGCGACGGGCGGCUUGGCGGCGGCGUUGCCAGCGGCUGUGAGGUCCAAGGCGUUGUCAACUCGAACCCAAGCGCAGGCGCGCCUGUUGUGGGUACUGGGUCGGGGCGCGGCUGCUGCGCUGGCAAAGGCGCGUGACCUGGAGAACCUUCACAGAACCCGCAGCCAGCCCGCGACGGAGGGCUUACGUAACCCGGCUGCGGCAGCAACCACCGAACGCCCUGCGGACGGUGUUGUUACCGCCUGCAUGGCGGCAUCCAAGGCGGCCAGGGAGCUCACCGGUGGUCUUCUGGCGGUGGCCGGAGUGCUGCUGCAGGAGGGGAGUGGGCGGGCGUCCUGCCUAGACGGGGAGGUGCUGGCGGAGCUGGUGGCUGCCCUGGCAGCGGUGCUGGCGGCGGAGGCGCCGUCAUCGGCCUGGGGGGAUGCUGGUGUGAAUGAGAGCCAUGCGGCGCUGCGUCGGGAGGUGUACGGAUUGCUGCUUGACGUGGCCGCCCAGGCAUUGCGGCGGACGUUUGCGGCUGCUGCUGCUGCAGCGGCUGCUAUCGAGGUUCCCCGUGCAAGUAGUGCCACGUCAGCGGCUGCCGCGCCCGCGACGCCCAGGGCGGCGUCAGCGGCUGCGGAUCGUAACCGGAUCGUCGCCAGGCCAGCACCAGGUCUGUCGUACAGGCAGCUUGCAUCAGUCAUCGACGCCCUGUACGACAGCAAAGUGCUGUACGAGCACCCACCCAUGCGGGCUGCAGCCGCCCGCACCCUGAUGCGCACCUUGCAGGUUGGCAUGGCUAGUGUAGGUAUGCCAGGCGCUGCUAGCAGCAGCCAAGCGCCCAGUCCGCAGCAGCACCAGCAGCCGUCGUCGUCGCCACGUUCGUCGCAGCCGCCGCGAGAGGUGGGCUCAUCGGCAUCACUUGGAGCCUCAAUGCAGCACCAGCCGCCGCAGCCGCUCCCGCCGCUGCCGCUCCCGCCGCCUCCAAGCGCUGACGACAUCGCGGCGCUGCUUGCGUCGGCUGCCCGGUUGGAGCUCUUCAGCCAUCCCGCGGCGCUACCGCUGCUACGGGCUGCUACCAGGAUGCUGCUGGGGGCCACCACCUGCAGCACCAACGGGAGCAACAACAUCAGCAGCAGCAGCACCGUCCUUGAGAGCAGCAGCAGCUGCAGCGGUGCUGAUGCCUCCUGGGCCCCCCCAGGUGCUGCGGGUGCUGCUGCCCCCGUGACGCCGGCGGUGCUAUCCGACCUGCUCCGCUACUGUCGCCCGGCGGCAGUGGGCGACCCAUCAGGGACACCGGUCGGUGGCGAUGGAGGCGCGCUGCAGGCUGCGUUGUACGACUGGGCGGUACGACAGGCGGUGAGGGUACGGAGGUGGCUGCCGAAGGCCGUACGAGUGCGGGUGGUUGCCGAUGCGGGCGUGUCAGGGGGGAAGGCGCAUGGAGGUGGAGAGGACGUGGGGACAUCAGGUCAGCGGGGUCCUAUGCAGCCGCAGGCGAUUGGGUUGAAGCAUGCCGCGUCGGACAGCAGCCCUGCGGAUGCGAUAAAAGGUAUGAACGUGAGCGCGCAGACGUCCGCAGUUACGACAGAUUUGGACGGAGCUGCGGUGGCGGAGGUGGCGGGUGCUCAUGCAGCCGCUGCGGCUUCAUGCCAGGGUGAGGGUAGCCCAGCACCAGCGCCUGCUGUGUGCUUCCACGGUGAUCCUCCUGGUUCCGCCCUUGCGGAAGAUGGUUGCAGGACGCCUGGUAAGAAAUCCGUUGUCUCAGCAACAGCAGCAACAGGAGCUAAUGAGUCGGCUGCGAUUGGAGCAGCCAGCAUUACUCUCAUGCCGGACAGCCUGCAGCGGCCCUUCAUGCACGCUAGCACGAUUAACAUUACCCCGGCUGUUGCCGUUCGCGCCAACGGAGCCGCCCGCCUGGGGGGCGGCUGUGUGUAUGGAGGAGGCGGAGGCGGGGAAGGAGCAGCAGCAGCAGCAGCAGGAGGGUGUUUGCAUGUGUUGGGGGCACACGUAUCUUGUAGCGAGGUGGCUGCGGUAGGUUGCAAGGGUGGGUUGGCUGCACCGGUGAACCCGGCGUUGGCAGUAAUGGGUGAUGUGGGUCGAAGGGAGAGGUGCGGCGGGGGAGUACGGCAUGCGGGUGCGGGUGCGGAGGUGGAGAUGGAGGUGGUGGUGAUGCGGCACGAGGGGAGCGGUUGUGGGCGUGUGAUGGCAGCAGCGCGGGGCUGCGUCGCGGCGCCUGUGUAGGAUUGGGGCUGAGGGGGUAGGAGCUGCAGAUUGGGCGUUCGGGGAGUCUGGUGGAGAGGCACAGAGGGGCACAGAGAAUGCAGCAAUGUAUUGCGUUUUUUGGUGAAGAUCCUGAGGGUAGUUACCAUCCGAACAUGUGUUUUAUGGCGUUUGUGUUUUAGAUAAACAUGUGAGUUACCUAAGGCAUAAAGCAUCAAUGUUGCCAGUCCCAGCUGUUCCUAGCGUAAUUUUAUGUGCGAAGGCCUUUGACAUAAGGGGAGGUAUGAGGGUACUUGCUAAUAGAACUGAUGGCAGGAUGGGCCCGCGAUGGAUCCAUAACUUUGCAAUGCUAUUAAGUAUGAUGAACUUUAGGCGGCGAAAGCCGAAAAAGCUAAAAGACGUAGAGCCGCGUUGUCGACAGGCCGCUUUACACAGGUCUGGCCCACGGGUCACGCCGAGCACAGCAAGGGCCACGCAGGCCUGCAUAGUGCAUUGUGAAAUGUGCAUGCA